UUUUAAUUUUCUUGACUUCUUUUUUGGUCUUGUUUAUUAUUUAGAAGUGUGUUGUUGAAUCUCCAUAUAUUUGGGGGUUUUCUGACUAUUUUACUGAUACAGAUUUCUAGACUAAUUCCUGUGAGGUAUAAGAGCAUAUUUUGUAUGAUUUUGUUCUUUCAAAUUUUUAAGGUAUACUCUAUGUCUCAGGAUGUGUUCUGUCUUGGUGAAUGUGUAUUCUGCUCUUGUUGCAUGAAGUAUUCCAUAAAUUACAACUAAAUCCAGUUGUUUCAUAGUGCUGUUCAGUUCCACCCUGUCCUUUCUGAUUUUCUCCCUACUGGAAUUUAUAAUUAAUGAAAAGGGUUGUUGAAUGCUCCAGCCACAGUAGUAAACUCAUGUGUUUCUCCCGCAUCUAUCAGCUCUUGUCUUGUGUAGUUUGACCUGUGUUGUUAUGCACACAUACCUAAAAGAUUUCUGUGCCUUCUUGGAGACAUUAUGUAAUGUCCCUCUUUAUCUCUGGGUUUUCCUUGGUUUGAAAUCUUUAUUAUUUAUAAUUCAUAUGUCUGUCCUUUGAUUUCUGUUGGCAUCAUACAUUUUCUCUAUCCCUUUACCUUUCAUCCAUCUGUGUCUUCAUAUUUAAACUGUGUUUCUUAUAGAGAACAUGAAAAUGUGGUUUUUUAAAAUCUGAUAUUUCUCUAUUGUUCAAUUGUAUUGAGACAAUUGAUGAUUAAAAGUAGUUAUUGAUGCAUUUGGGUUAAUAUUUACCAAACCUUUUACUGUUUUCUAUUUGUUGCUUUUGUUCUUUGUUACUUUUUGUUUUCAACAUUUUUCUACCUUCUUUGGCUUUGGUUGAGGAUUUUAUCUAAUUGUUUUUUUCUCCUCUCUCAGCAUAUCAGUCACACAUUUAACAAAAAAGGAACUCUGUCAGUGAUGUCAUUUCAGUUUUGAUUACACAUUUACAACUAACCCAUAUCCUCUGUCGAAUCACGCUGUACCACUUCAUUGCUGUGCAAGUACCACCUACCACACUAUUCCCAGUUCUCCCAUCACUGUCCCUUGUCACAUUGUUGUAAUUUAUUUCCAUUACCCAUAAACUUAUAAUACCAAACACAUUAUUGCUAAUAUUCUUUAAACAAAGUGUCAUGUGUUAUAUAACAAAUACAAAAAUUUUUUAUCUUCAUUUCUUCCUUUUCUAACCUUCCACCUUCAUCAUUUAUUUUUUCUGAUGAAUUUUUGGACAUUUAAUUUAAAGUAGCUAUACAAAUUCCCUUAAUUUUUGUCUUAGAAAGUCCUUAUUUCUUUUUUAUGAAGGAUCAUUUUCUUUGAUACAAAAUUCUACAUAGUAUUUUUUUUUAUUUCAAAAUGUUCAGUAUUUUACUACAAUCUGAUCUUUCUUGCACAGUUUCUGUAAACAAGUUGAUUUUAAUUUAUCUUUGUUUUUCUAUACCUAAGGUUUGUUUUACCUUCUGGCCUCUUUCAAUAUGUUCUCUUUGUCUUUGAUGUUUGUCUAAUUUGAAUAUGAUAUACGUGGGCAUGCAUUUUUGGUGUGUUUCACGUUCAGUGUUUUAGAGCUUUCUGGAUCUACAGUGUGUCAUCUGUCAUUAAUUUUAGAAGUGUUUGGUAAUUAUUACUUCACUUUUCUCUCCUGUUUUUUUCUCUUUCCUUUUUUGAGGUAUUUUAAUCCUUACGUUAAGGACAGUUGUUUUAGUUUUCAUGUAUAUUGUGUUCUGUCAUUUUUGUUCUCUACUGUCUUUGCAUUAGACUCCAGUGAAAUGGAUUUUUUUUUCAGUUUAGGCCUUGUUAAGAACAGAAUGUUUGGGGCGUUUCUCAAGAUACCAUUUGUUCUCUUUCCUAACUUUGGAGAUACCAUUUCCCCUGUGACCUCAAAACUUGGGAGGGAUCUAAGAAGAGUAGUUUAUGUCACGUGUUUUUUCUUUUUGAUGAGAUCAAGAAUGGCAGCUCUGCCUCUAGAGUGACUUGUCAGGAAAAUUUUCCUCCUGAAAUUGGUGAAUGCAAAUUUUGUGUUCUUUUAGAAGGAAGUACUGUUGAAUCUUUUGUGUUCUGUAAUCAUGGCCAAAGUCACCAUCAGACCACAUGGACUUCAAUGAACUCCCUUGAAUCUGCAGCUCUUAACCUGUUCUUCUAGGGUAGUGAGGCCCAGGGUACCCUGUUAGGGUUUUACUGGAAAGAGCUUGCCUGGCCUAUUCUCUUACUGUGUGUUCUAAAAUUUGGCAGGAAAUAGCCCUGAACACAUGUGUACAGGGAUUUCUGGAGUAACUUGUUAUGCCUGCUUUCUUGUGUCUGAGCUUUAAGUUCCAAAUGACUCUCCAGCCCCAUUAAAUUGAACAGAGAGAGAAAGAAGAACUGAGUCUGUGAUAAAUACCACACAAGUUACAAGCAGUGCUUCUCCACAAGUACGUUCACACUGAGCCAGCUGCACCUCAUGACUGGUGAAGACCUGGAGGACUUUAGGAUGACAUGGACAGCUGGCUUUGUUGGAAGUAUUUUCACAAGCCUCCUGGAUUCACAUGUUUGGUGAUGGGAACAGAAGGAAAAGUUUUCAGUUUUUCACUGUUUUAUUUAUUAAAACUUCAUGCAGAUUUAACCUUCUGGCUUGUGGAUUGUUGUAAAUGGUGGGAAAUAAUGAAACAGAUGAAAUAAUUAUUUUUGCAAGGAAUCAGUGGUCUUAAAAUGACAAUAUAUAUUUCAUCUGUAUGGCAUUCCUGUUAUUUCCCAACAUGGUCCAGGAUGAUGUUACAGAGAAAUAAGAUGUAUUGUAAUCACAGUAACAAUGUGUAAGUAAUUUCCAGGUGUUCAAGGUGGUGUGGACAGAGAAUAAGUUUCAGAUGAUCAAGUCAUAAGAAUAAAUGUUUGAAGACAAGAGAAUCAUAUGUAACCUUCCUAUAAAUGGAGUCUGGGUGCCCAGUGCUAUCAGUUUCACACAUCCUACUCUACAUAUAUUUGGGGUGUUUUAGGACUCAGUGGCCUUUGAGGAUGUGGUUGUGAACUUCAGUCUGGAGGAGUGGGCUUUACUGGGUCCUUCACAGAAGAAACUCUACAGAGAUGUGAUGAGGGAAACCAUCAGGAAUCUGGCCUCCAUAGGUAAAAGAUGGGAAGAACAUGACAUUGAAAAUCAGUGCAAAAGCCAGAGGAGAAAAUUAAGAAAUCUGAUGGUAGAGAAAUUCUGUGAAAGUAAAGGGGUUAGUCAAUAUGGAGAAAACGUCAACCUUAUUUCAAAUCUCAAUCUGAACAAAAAAGCCACCAGAGUGAAACAACAUGAAUGCAGAGCAUGUGGAAAAGUCUUUGUAUUUCGUUCAUCGCUUAGUAGGCACUACAGAUGUCACACUGGACACAAAGCAUAUGAAUUUCAAAAAGAUGGAGAGAAGCCAUAUAAGUGUAAAGAAUGUGAUAAAGCCUUUAAUAAUCUAAACUGGUUGGAAAAACAUGAAAGAACCCACAAUGGAGGGAAUCCCUGUGAAUGUAAAAUAUGUGGUAAAGUCUUCAAGUCUUCCAGAAAUGUUAAAAUACAUAGAAUAACUCACACUGGAGAGAAACCUUAUGAAUGUAAAGUAUGUAGUACAGCAUUUAGGUAUCUCAGUGACCUUCGAAGACAUGGAAGAACUCACACUGGAGAGAGACCGUAUGAAUGUAAAAUAUGUGCUAAAGCCUACAGAGACCACUGGUCUUUUCAAAUACACGAAAGAGUUCACACUGGAGAGAAGCCCUAUGAAUGUAAGAAAUGUGGUAAAGCCUACAUAUCUUACAGGUCCUUAAACAGACACAAAAGUGCUCAUACUACAGAGAAAUCCCAUAAAUGUAAAAUAUGUAGUACAGCAUUUAGGUAUCUCAGUGAUCUUCAAAGACAUGAAAGAACUCACACUGGAGAGAAACCCUAUAAAUGUAAAAUAUGUAGCAAAGCAUUCACUUAUUCCAAUUCACUUCCAAAACAUAAAAAAGUACAUACUGGAGAGAAACCCUAUGAAUGUAAACAAUGUGAUAAAGCCUACAAACAUCACCGUUCCUUAAAAACCCAUGAAAGAACUCAUACUGGAGAGAAACCCUAUGAAUGUAAACAAUGCAGUAAAGUCUUUAGAGAUCACCGUUCCUUAAAAACCCAUGAAAUAAUUCACACUACAGAGAAGUCUCAUAAAUGUAAAAUAUGUAGUAAAGCAUUUAGGUAUCUUAGUGAUCUUCGAAGACAUGAAACAACUCACACUGGAAAGAAACCCUUUGAAUGUAAAGAGUGUGGGAUAGCCUACAGAUAUCACAGUUUCUUAUCAAGAUGCAAAAGGACUCACACUGGAGAGAAACCCUGUGAAUGUAAACAAUGUGGGAAAGUCUACAAAGAUCCCAGUUCCUUACAAAGACAUGAAAGAGCUCAUACUGGAGAGAAACUCUGCAAAUAUAAGAAAGGUGGAAAGCCUUUAUUGAGAUCACACAGUCUUCUGAAGACACAUGACAAUACACACUGAAGAAAAAUUAUAGAAAUAUGCAGAAUCUGGGAAAGGCUUCAGUUAUAUUAGGUUCUAUGAAAAGCAUGAAAGGGCUCACUAGAUUAAUAUUCUUGAAUUUAUACAGUAUGGGAAAGACGUGAAUUGGUCCAUAUUCUUACAUGUAAAAACUCCCACAAAGGAAUAAACAUGUUAAUGUGAGAAA